AAACUAUAGUGCUCUCGAUUAUUACCAUGUCGCACACGAAAGAAGGCCACAAGUACGAUUCGUCGGGGAUAUCGAAAGGUCUGAGAACUGACGCUGUUGUGUCAAGCACAGCAAACUUGAGGAGCAACUACGAUGUUAUCGUGAUCGGGAGUGGAUUCUGCGGUCUUGUUGCUGCUCGUAACCUGGCCUUGAAUCGUGACCUAAAAGUACUACUUCUGGAAGCUCGUGAUCGCAUUGGCGGUCGCACAUGGACAGCGAAGGAAUGGGGAGAAGACAUUGAACUGGGGGGCACAUAUGUGCAUUGGCAUCAACCCCAUGUCUACGCUGAAAUACAUCGACACGGCCUGGAGAGGUACCUUAAGACCUCAGCUGGAACAACAGACAUGGAAUAUGUGUUAUAUAAGCCAGAAGGAUCAAGUGUGCAAAGGAUAGACGACGUCGCUGGAUACAACGCGAAGGUCGAGAAAAUCGCCGAGAAAUUCUUUAGCAUCGAUGGCAUGACUCCACGCCAGGUGAUGCCUUACCCACAUGAACCUUCACGACCUCAGCCAUGGCAGAAAUCUGACCACCUAAGCUGUCAAGACCGACUCAACCAGCUGGACUUACCGCAAUCCGACAAGGAUCUUUUUGUCCCCCAUACAAACUCCUUCGGCAGUUGCACUGCUCAAGACCUAGCGUGGACAGAUGCAUUGCGAUGGUAUGCUGUUGGUGGUUAUAGCCUCGCGACUAUGUACGAUGCAGUUGGUGGCUUCAAACUCGGUGGCGGAGGUACGACAAACAUGUGCCGUCAUAUAUUAGCAGAGUAUCAAGGCGACAGAGUCUUCAACAAGGCAGUCACUUCUGUCAAGCAGGCCAAAGACUAUAAAAAGGUUGUCAUUGCCUGUGCGGAUGGAUCUGCUUACAGCGCAAAACGUGUUGUUUGCACCAUUCCCCUCAACUGCUUGGCCGACAUCGAGUUCGAGCCACCGCUCGCACCUUUGAAGCAAAAUGCAGUUAAAAGCGGCCAUAUCAACUAUGGUGAGAAGUAUAUAGUCUCGUUGGAUGAGGUGCAAGGCAAUUGGUUCGCAAACACUUGCGAUUCAAAAGAUAGUGGUUUCCUUUUCGGGAUCAAGGAUCACGAUGGCACACAAUCCGCAAACCGAGCAGGCACAUAUGCCAUGAUGUUUGGCCAGAGUGGAAAGCUUCAAGACCCCACAAACAGCGAUGAGAUCAUUGCUGAGUUUAAAAAGAUUCAGCCUAAUGGCAAUGUGCGGGGAUACGCAUCUCACACGUGGUCGAAAGAUCCAUAUGCCAAAGGCGCAUGGUUUGCUGCUUCUCCUGGAUGGGCUACCAAAAACCUAAAGGCGCUCCAGGAGCCCCAUGGCCGUGUGUUCAUGGCGAGUGCAGACUGGGCACAAGGCUGGAGAGGUUUCAUUGAUGGUGCCAUUGAACAAGGUACGAGGGCGGCUGCAGUUACUAAGUUGGCGCUCGAACAGGAAGAUGGGGAUGUGAAUUCUAAGCUCUAGGCUGGAAGUAACUUGAGAUUAUCAAAAGCGUCUGGAUACUUGUAUGCAGUCUUUAGUUUGGUCAUGGGCAACCGAUCAUACUUCUCUUCGCAUUGUCUAC